AUGUUGAUCUCAAGCGAGACUGCCAAGGACGACUAUAGUCUCUUGGCUAGCUUUGAAGACCUCGAAUCCAUCAAGAGCUACAUUAGUGACCUUGGGCAAGAAUUAUCCCAACUACGACUGUCCAAGGAGCAGAAGGAAUCGAUUGUUGCAGCUCUCCAGUCGACCCUGUUCAGCGGCCGAUUGAAACCGGCGGCGGAGGAUGAUGUUUACCAGAAUGAAUUCCAGGAUGGAGAAUUCGAGAAAGGCUAUGAAGAACAGUUGUAUCGUCGUUGGAUGAGCAGCAAGUCUGUCGAGGAACGCAAACAGCUAGCGUUGGAAGGAUACAGAACCUUGAUCGGAUUGGAGCCAGGAGCAGAACUUAAGAUGCGAGACAAAGAUGUCAUCAAAGACCUCAGCGAUAGCGCAGCGAAAGAUGAUUUAAAGGCAGGAUGGUCGGAGUACCUUCAGAAACUGGCCUGGCAGAAAUUGCAAGCUAGAUUCUGGAGAUGA